CAACGAUUCUGUCGGUUUUUUUAAAUGUUCUUAUGUUCUUUGAUUGCAGCAAUCGAAAACUUCCCCAUUUUUUAUUGAGACAAUUACAAUUACUUCCUAUAUAUCAUUUCUGACGAAUUUGUUGUGUAUUUUUAAAGAAGUUAGUGUCACCUGCCAACAGCCUUUUCUCCUGGGCUUCAAUAUAAAAAUCGUACGUCGCUUAUUUGAGAUGUCAUCUUCCUUCGAUCGCCCAUUGGUUCCAGCCUUUCUCUUUCUUUUGCUCCUGAUAAUACGAAGAUCUAGUGUCAGCGGUUCACAGUGCCACACCUCCUCGCCAGGCAUGUCGCUGAUUGGCUAUGACGUCAUUUCCUUUUCAAAUAUGGACUUAAACAGUUGCUGGCAGCACUGUCGGGCAUCGAUUCAGUGCCAGAGUCUAAACUACUUCAUAAGAGAAAGGAAGUGUGUCGUUAACAACAGAACGAUAGAGCAAAGACCCCGAGAUGUUGGUAACGAUGAUAACGCUAUGUACUUUGAUAAUCCUUACAAAGCGGUGAUUGGCUCAUCCCCAAACCUACCGGCGCUGUCAUGCAACGAGAUCAGAAAUACAUCAAGCAGUGCCAUCAGCGGGCUGCACUGGUUGAGGCAUGAGCAAUCGGGAGCAGAGAUUCAAGUCUUCUGUAACAUGUCUACUGGUUUGAUUGAAAGCUGUCAAGAAGACCAAUGUAAAAAUAAUGGCACAUGUCAGUACCUGGGAAAUGGCAAUUACACAUGCGAAUGUCUUGAAGGGUUUAACGGAAAUAACUGCGAGAAAGGUUGUGGAAGCCAUUCAAGAGGACUGCAAAGCAGUAUACCAAACAAUAGCUUCACAUCUUCUUCUGCGUAUUCAAGCUGCGAUCCAUUCAAGGCGCGAAUCGAUAACACCUCGGGGUACUGGGCUCCGGCCACGACAACUGACCCUGGUGACUACCUACAGAUAGACCUGGGUCCGAGUCACGUGAUCUGUGCUGUGGAGACCCAAGGUGGGCAACAUUCUGGCGAAUGGACAACGAAGUACAAGCUAAAGCACUCGAUGGAUGGCAUGAACUGGACUACUUAUCAAGAGGUUUUUAAAGGAAAUACCGAUGAUUCAACGAAGGAAAAGCGAUUCAUCACCGAGCCUUUUUCGUGCCGUUUUCUUAGAUUCGUUCCCACGACUUACCGUUCUUGGAAAGCCCUAAGGGUCGAAGUCUACGGCUAUACUUCAUAGUAAGUGUUGACUGAGGAUGAAGGGGGGAAAAAAAGCCUCUAGCGUGACGAGACUAGCGUGACGUACGUGACGAGCCUAGCGUGACUAGUCCAGAGAGGCUUUACGAGGAGAACUAAGCAAGGCAAUUAUCAAUAUAUAUAAAUAAAAAUAAAAAAACCUUAUCGUGA